AUGGCCUCCGCAGCACCGACUGCGAGGCGCGCAAGCUCUCACCAGAAUGGGACAAUAAAGCCAGAAGAUUGGCAUGAGGAGGUAGAUAAUCCGCAUUCGCGAGGCGAGGAAGGAAUGCAAUUUAGUGGGGAUGGACUGAGCACAGGAGUCCGAAUCUUGAGCGACGGGCGACUCGACAUAAAUAUCGACGAACGGAAGCCUAGCAUAGCAGGCUUGCUCAACCGCAUCCAGCAAACGCCUUUGCAGUCGGAUUGGGAGGAUGUCGAAGGGAAGGAAACACAGGCAGGAAUGCCGGAGACUGCGGGGACGAACUUCCCAUUGAAAAUGAAUCUCGUGGUACAAGUCAUUGGAUCGCGCGGUGAUAUACAACCAUUCAUCGCAUUAGGCAAAGAGCUCAAGGCACACGGGCAUCGGGUACGAUUAGCAACCCAUUUGGCUUUUCGGGACGUUGUGCUGGAGGCUGGAUUGGAGUUCUUCUGUAUUGGAGGAGAUCCUGCCGAGCUCAUGGCCUUCAUGGUGAAAAAUCCUUCCCUUAUGCCGGCUUUUAGUACGAUACGAAGCGGAGCGAUCCAGAAACGCCGUCGAGAGAUGAAAGAGAUCAUACAUGGAUGCUGGAGAUCAUGCAUUGAGAUGGGCGACGGAACAAAUCUUCAUCAAAUCAAAGAAGACCUUUGGAAUGAUAGCGUGGAUUAUCGAAGGCGUCCAUUCGUCGCGGACGCGAUCAUCGCCAAUCCUCCAAGUUUGGCCCAUAUUCAUUGUGCCCAACGACUCGGCAUACCUUUACAUAUGAUGUUUACUAUGCCCUGGUCUCCCACACAAUCCUUUCCACAUCCUUUGGCUGUGCUCCACCAACAAGACUGCAAACCAACGGUUGCUAAUUUUGUUUCUUACGCUGUCGUGGAUAUGAUGAUAUGGGAGGGCUUGGGCGAUCUCGUCAAUUCGUGGCGCAAAAAAGUCCUCGCACUAGAUCCGUUGGACUCAAUCACAGCACCAAGUCUGAUACAUCGCCUCCAAGUCCCAUAUUCCUAUCUGUGGUCACCGGCAUUGCUACCAAAACCUCGAGAUUGGAGUGAUGACGUCGAUAUAUGCGGAUUCAGCGUCCUCCCAUCCAAAUCUGACUACAAACCUCCAAAGGAAAUCGAAGAAUUCUUGAAAGCAGGACCAACUCCCAUUUACGUCGGAUUUGGAUCUAUUGUUGUAGAUGAUCCGAUAAAGUUAACGAGGAUUGUGUUUGAGGCACUGGCAGAUGCUGGGCAGCGAGCCAUUGUCUCUAAGGGAUGGGGGAAUCUCGGAGUUGACGAGGUAGAGGUUCCUGAUAAUGUCUUCAUUGUUGGAAGCGUCCCGCAUGAUUGGCUUUUCCGUCAAGUCUCAUGCGUCAUUCAUCAUGGAGGUGCUGGCACAACUGCCGCGGGACUGUCUCUCGGCCGCCCGACAAUCAUCGUCCCCUUCUUCGGCGAUCAGCAAUUUUGGGGAGGAAUAGUGGCUGCCGCUGGAGCAGGCCCGGGACCAAUUCCACACAAACAAUUAACGGUCAAGAAACUGAGCAGUGCGAUCGCGAUGGCACUGGAAUCAUCGACCAAAGAGAAGGCCCAGGCGAUUGCCGAAAAGAUGCAGAAAGAGUCCGGGGUGCGGGAUGGUGUACGGAGUUUCCAUCGACACCUCGACCUGAGAUCGAUUCGGUGCGCCAUAUGCCCAGCCCGUCCUGCUGUUUGGCACGUUAAACAUACAGAAAUUGGCUUGAGCGCCUUUGCUGCCACUGUGUUGGUUGAGAUGGAAAGGCUUAAACCCCGGGAUCUUGUGCUCAAUCGGGCAUCUGAAUAUGACACUUGGAGAGAUCCCGUAGGUCCGCUGAGCGCAGGUGCACAAGUACUUGUCGGCGCUAUCGCAAAUUUCAUAACCGGAAUUGGCGAGCUACCUUACGAAAUGGCGACUGAUCUCAUCUCCGCUGGUCGAGCCAUUGGACAUCCAGGGAACCAAUCCGACCCUAUGGAAGUCGCAUGUGCAUGGAAAAGUCAGAGAAGAAGCCAAGAUUCAAGCGGAGAAAGCGAAGAAGAGGACUACCACGAUACCAAUGAAUAUCGCCGAUCUGUCGAUUCAAGCGAUGAGGGCGAAACGAGACUCGAAGACUCCGAUUAUUUGAGCGAAACAUUACCCGCAACAAGUCAUGAAAGAAGACAGAGCCUUCAGCUGGAGAAAUCGCGGACAAUGAACUGCGUAGAGUCUCCGAAACGCAACAGUGCGUUCACCGAAAUGCGCAGUCAUGGAAGUCGGAUGUCGAUGAAGCUAUUGAAAACGAUAAUUUGGCUUCCGACAGACCUCACUCUUAGUCUGUCUAAGGGAUUCCACAAUGCGCCGAAGUUGUACCAUGAUCGCAUGGUUAAAUCUACGCCCAAAGUUAUCGGCUUCCGAAGUGGGGUGCGGGCUGCUGGCAAGGAACUCUACGAUGGUUUCUAUUAUGGAAUAACAGGAAUAAUCACUCAACCAAGAUACGGACUCAAGCAUCAAGGGGCGAAAGGAAUGGCCAAGGGGAUCGGGAAAGGUCUCGGUGGCGUCUUCUUCAAGCCACCUGCAGGUCUAUGGGGACUUGCCGGGUACCCCUUGGUUGGACUGCGCCGAAGAUUGCAAAUAUCUUUGGGCAAGAAACAGGACAAUGGGAUCGUGGCAUCUCGAAUAGCCCAAGGCCUUGAAGAAAUGCAUGAUUCUACCCCUGAAGAGAGGGCAGAAGUAGCGCAGAAAUGGCGUCUCUUGGAGGAAGACAUCCGUGUUUCCUACUGA